AUGUUUAAUAUAAUUAAAGUACAUAGAAAUAUUUUAUCAUUUCCUUGUAAAGUGUUUCAAGCGAGACAUAAAACAAAAACCCAUUGGGCGAAAUUGAAAAAGAAGACUGGACCUAAAUAUAAAGCUUUAAACCACUUCGACGAAUUUUAUGGUUCUGUUUUUGGAGAGCAAUGGCCCCCAAUGAAAGAGGCAUUAUUGCGCCGGUCUAAGUAUGUGGCGGUUAUUAACAAUUAUGGAGAUGCCGAGGAAACAAUAAGUUAUCUUACCAAUAGAGGUGCACAUUGCCUCAAGGAAUUGAUGAAAAUACAGCAAGAUUUUCAUAAAACAUAUAAUCCCAUUCAAGAUAGUACCGAAAUGGAAUCACAAUCACAUGCAAAUGUUCUAAAAGACUAUGUAUCAAAACUACAGACUAGUGAAGUUUCAGAAAUUUAUCCAAAAACUGAUAAUAUCCCAGAAAAAAUAGAUUUAAGGGAUAAGAAUACAGAAAUUGCAGCGGAGGAAAAAAAUACAGUACAAGAUAAUGUAGUAAUAAAGAACAAAACACUUGACGAAGCUUUAGAGGAAGCAGAGAUAGAUCAGAGUCGAUUAAUUGAUCCAUCCAUGGGGAUCAAUUCAGAAGUUCUCUACCAAUAUAUACCAGCAACCAAACUGAAAGGAUUAGAUGAAUGGGUGCCCGAGUCACUUCAUUAUUCUUAUUACACCAGCAAAGACAAGGAUUUCCCGUUAAUUGUAGAACCAGAAACUGAGUUCAGGUUUCCAGAACAUUUGAAAGUAUACACAUACGAAAUGGAUAGUGAAUGGGGCAUGUUUCCAGAGCCAAAGAGAUGUCAAACAGGCGUAUAUAACUAUUACCCAAUGGACUGCAGCAGUGUUUUAGCAGUACUAGCUCUAUGCUUAUCGCCUGGUGAUAGAGUAUUGGAUCUGUGCUCUGCGCCAGGGGGCAAAGCUCUAGUUGCGCUCCAGACGUUGCUUCCCGACAUUAUCGUUUGCAAUGAUGUUUCUAUAUCGCGUUCUAAUAGGAUAACAAAAAUAUUCCGCGACUAUUUGAUAGACUAUGAAACUAGCAACAAAUGGCGGGAAAGAGUGCUGAUUUCCCGCGUUGACGGUCGUGUCUUCACAGACGACUAUGGCUUCGAUAAGGUAUUGGUAGAUGUGCCCUGUACGACAGAUAGACAUUCGGUGAACGAGGACGAAAACAAUAUAUUCAGGCCGGACAGGGUGAAGGAGCGCCUCAGGAUACCAGAGCUUCAGACACAGCUUUUAGUGAACGCGCUAAGGCAGGUGAAGGUGGGCGGGGCGGUGGUGUACUCGACGUGCUCGCUCAGCCCCGUGCAGAACGACGGCGUCCUGCACACGGCGCUCAAACACGCCUUCGAGACCUACCAGAUCGUUGCCGUCGUCAGGGACUUGUCGGCGUCAAUUACUGGGUUAAGCAGCACGCUUCAUCUGGGUACGGAUUUAUCCAAACCGCGUUAUGGACAGCUGGUGGUGCCAUCCGUAGCUGCCAACUUCGGCCCCGCCUACAUCGCACGCCUCGUCAGGGUCAAAUAA